AUGCGGAUGCUUUGCUACGAGAGUGCGGCGGACCUUUUGGAUGAGUACCUUCAAAUGGGUGAGGACUCUAUUCUAACAUCUAUGAAGUCCUUCUGUGAAUUAGUUGUGUCUACGUUUGGUAAAGAGUAUUUAAGAGAACCUGACGAGCAAGACUUAAGGCGAAUUCUUUCCAUCAAUGCCGCACGAGGAUUCCCAGGAUGUGUCGGGAACGGCGAACUCUGGAUUUGGCACAUGUUCUUUGGUAGUCCUGGUAGCCUUACUGACAUUAAUAACAUAAUGGCUGGUUCUUUCCCCCCUCGCUUUCCCUUUUUCGUCAAUGGAGAGAGGCGAACGAUGCCGUACUAUCUGGCUGAUGGGAUCUAUCCGAGUUGGGCAAUAUUUGCUAAAACUAUGAAGGAGGCAACAACGGCGAAGGAAAGGGCAUACGCAAGGGCACAAGAGGGAGUUAGAAAGGAUAUAGAAAGAGCGUUUGGCGUGCUCAUGGCGCGAUUCCAUAUCUUGCAGCGACCUUGUCGGCUAUGGUACCGUAGAGACAUAAGUAACGUUGUGAAGGCAUGCAUCAUAUUGCACAACAUGAUUGUUGAGGGGCGCAGGGAUCACUAUGAGACCGGGAUAGCAUCUUUGCAACAUUUUGAGGAAGCCCGAAAUAUGUUCAGCAACGGGCAAGCGUUUCAAUGGGAGUCUCUCACAGCAAUUACAAAUCUGUGGCGCUUCGACUUGACGGAGGGUAUGUGGGCAAAUAUGUUAGCGUCGUGA